GGGAGGGGCCCUGAGCGCAGCCAUGUUUUUGUACGGCGGGGGCGCAAAGCACCCUGGGUGCGACUGGUUUGAGUUUUUUUUUGAAGCCUUAGACGGCGGGAACUCUCAUUCUCGUCCUGGGUGAGCGAGAGGAGCGGAGCAAGGAAAUCUGGGUCCCUAUUACCGCUUUGCUGCCCAACUUCAUAGAGGGCCUGUGGAAAUCUGAGGAAGAUGGAGUGGGCGAAUGACGGCAAGUCCAGAGGAGGUGUUUUAGCUCACUUGGAAAGACUAGAGAUUCAAGUGAAUAGAUCCCGUAAAAACUUAGAAGAUCUGCAGAGAGCACAGGCUAUUGAAAGCGCUCUUGGGACCAAGAUUCAUAAACUGAGAUGUCUGCGAGAUGAGCUGAGAGCUGAAGCGAAGCAACGUCAAGCCAGAGUUAAAGCAUCUACUGUCAAUGUCGAACCUGACCAAACACCAGAAAUCAGUGAGCAAGAAAUUGCAAAAAGAAGAAAGGAAAAUGUGAAAGCCAUUCUGCAGGCAUAUCGUUUUACAGGGCUCAGUGGGAAACUGACCAGCCGAGGGGUCUGUGUCUGCAUCAGCACUGCUUUUGAAGGAAAUCUGCUGGAUUCCUAUUUUAUCGACCUUGUCAUACAAAAGCCACUUCGGAUACAUCACCAUUCAAUUCCAGUCUUCAUCCCCCUAGAGGAGAUAUCUGCAAAAUACUUACAGACUAAUAUUCAGCACUUCCUGUUCUGUCUUUGUGAAUACCUAAACGCUUAUGCUGGGAGGAAGUACCAGGCAGAUCGACUUCAGAGUGACUUUGCAGCCUUUCUGGUUGGGCCCUUGCGGAGAAACUCACUGUGCAACUUGCUGUCAUUUACUUACAAAGUGGAGCCACGGGGUCAGUCAUUCCCAUUUUGUGCCAGACUGCUGUAUAAGGACCUCACGACAGCCCUGCCAACUGACGUCACCGUUACGUACCAGGGAACGGAUGCAUUAUCCUCCUCCUGGGAAGAACAGCGAGCAUCCCAUGAAAAUCUGUUUUUUUCAAAGCCCCUACAUCAAGUGUUUACUUCAUUUGCAAGAAAAGGAGAAAAGUUGGAUAUGAGCCUGGUCUCCUAGAAUAUUUUCAUUGGGAACACGACAGAAGUAAAAGGAAAUAUUGCACUUUCUGUUCUCAUGACUAAGGUGGCAGGGGUUCCAGAAGAACCUUUCAAGAUUAUCAGGAACAUCAGCAUGAGGGCCAGUUCACCUAACCCAGACCACAUGGAGACGAGCGGG